AUGCCUGCCAAUGCUUUUUCAACUUUAAAAAUUAUACGAUUAAUGUUACGAGAAAAUGGAAUUCAAAAAGUUGCCUCCAACUGGUUGUCUGAUCAAGAAACAAGCAUAUUAGAAUUGUUCAUAGUAGAAGCAGAACUUAGAAGUUUUCCGGAGGAAAGUUUAAUGGUAUUACCUAGACUAGAAGCGCUAUCGCUAAUUGCAGGUUCAUUGACACGACUACCAAUAAUAUCUGGCUUAGCUAGAUUGAGGUAUGUUCAAAUCGAAGCAUCUUCACUGAUAAACAUGGGGACAGGAAAUUUCUUGGGGUUGCCAUUUCUAGAACAGUUGCAUAUCACUGGUUCUCCAAAAAUGCAAAAAUUGGACGUAGGCACUAUACAAGAUUUGCCUCGACUAUUUUUACUAAAUUUCACGGAUUGCGGAAUCACGUGGAUGCACCCUAGAGCUUUCGCUCGCUUGCCAUCACUUAUUGAACUAUCAUUAGUCGGCAACAAGUUAGCUGAUGCGUCCAAUAUUGGAGGAGCAAUUAGAGAUUUGACCUCAUUGACAACAAUCAGACUAGAUAGAAAUGAAUUAGAAUUCAUUAAUGAAGCCACAUUCGUAGAUAUACCAUCAUUACGUCACGUUUAUCUCUCCGCGAAUAAGAUAAGUGAUAUACGCAGGGGAGCGUUCCAUCGAAUGCCUAAUCUGAAGUCAAUCGAUAUAAGUAAAAAUCAAGUACGUCACAUUCACCCAGAGUCAUUUACACCCGUCCGAGAUAACAAUCUAGAAGAAUUAUGGUUAUCCGAAAAUUCCAUAGACAACGCGAUGACAAUAAGACUAAUUUUAGACAUGUUUCCUAAACUUCGUUUUCUGGAUGUCAGCAGGAAUCAGUUACAGGACAUAAUUUACGGAUCAGUACAGGGACAUUCAAGACUAGAAAUGUUGUAUUUAGAACAUAAUAAACUGCAAAGAGUUGGCAGGGAAACAUUUACCGCAAUGCCAAUGUUGAGAGAAUUGAGAUUGUCCAAUAAUUCACUGUCCAAUUACUUAGCAAUUCCUUUAUGGAAUUUACCCAUGUUAAAAGGGCUUGACAUAUCUUUUAAUAAAUUUGACAAACUAGAGCGUCGUAUGCUAGCUACAUUACCAUCAUUAAGGCGAUUUGAUAUCAGUCACAAUAUUGUUUCGUCGUUGGAUCCAACCACUUUUAUCGAUACUCCAAAUUUAGAACAUAUCAAUAUAUCUCAUAACAACAUAGAUUCUAUAAACUCUCUAACACUAUCCCAUUUAUAUCAUUUGUACGAAUUUGAUGCAAGUCACAAUAAACUUAACCAAUUCGUAGGUGGUAUGCCAAGAGCAAUCGAAUACUUAUACUUAUCUCACAACAAAAUAAUGAGCUUGCCAAGUGAUAGUUCAACGGAUUUACAUCUACCAGCCUUGAAGCUUCUUGAUGUUUCAGAUAAUGGUAUUCAUAGAGUACCAUCGAAUUCAUUGACUGCUUUAAAUUUAUUGCGUUGGCUCUAUUUGGGUGGCAAUUCAAUGCAACAACUGGAUAAUGGAGCUUUUAGUGGAUUAAACCAAUUAGAAAUUCUGACAUUAAAUGACAAUAAAUUAUUAACUAUACAUCCAAAUACUUUUAAGGAGUUGCCUCUUCUUAACGAAUUAAAUUUGAAAGGUAACAGAUUAGAGAUAUUAGAACCUUCUUUGUUGGCUAAUAAUGAAAAAUUGAAAAAGCUCGAUGUAAGUCAUAAUAGACUAACUGAAAUUCAUGAAUCAUAUUUUUCUGUUAAUAAGGAACUCGAAGAACUAUCUAUUUCUCAUAAUUCUUUAUCAGAGUUUCCGUCAUCAUUAGCAGCGAAUCCAAACUUAAAAAUUCUAGAUUUAAGAAAUAACGAAAUUAAACAAAUGAAAAGUGGAAUGGUCUCAUCAAUGCCAUAUCUAAAAGAGUUGUAUUUGUCAGAAAACAACUUGAACAUUUUAAAUGAAGGGGCCUUCCAACAGCUACCAAAUCUGACUAUUUUAGAAAUGGAAGGAAAUAAUCUUAAUACAUUACCUUCGUAUGGCAUACAAAGCUUGCCAAAUCUUAUGGUUGUAAAAAUGGCUAGAAACAAAUUAGUUUCCUUGCCAAGUGCAGCUAUGGUGAAUCUACCAAUGCUACAAAUUGUUGAACUGCAACAAAACCAGCUUAAUGAGAUAGCUAGUGACGCAUUUGUUGGUAUACCAAAUUUAAUUAUGAUGAACUUGAGCCACAAUUAUUUGAAUGGGAUGGAGAAAUCCGGUUUAAAUAAUCUAAGAAACUUGGAAGUCCUUGAUUUAAGCCAUAACAAGUUAAAACAAAUAACUACUAGAAGCAUACAAAAUAUGCACUCAUUAAUCAUGUUAAAACUUGAUAACAACAGAUUGUGUAAUAUUGUUGGAAGCCCAUUUGAAGGAAUGAGCCGUUUAAGAGUAUUAAGCUUACGAGACAAUAAGAUGACUUCACUCUCAGAAUCCACGUUUAACAGUAUCAAACCUACAAUAUCCCGUUUGGAUGUUGAUGGUAAUCCAGUACACUGUGCUUGCAACAUGAAAUGGUUGCAAUCAUGGUUAAGAACAACAGCUGACAGUUUUGGCCCUAGAUGUACCGACGGUACUUUGCUUAGAGAAAUGCCUUUUACAUCGAAGCACUGCGACGAAAAAGAAUCAAGCAAUAUAGAGGAAAACAUUCCAGGCUGUGAAAUCGAAUCGGUUCCUGUUGGUAAUGCAAAUACAGUGACAUCAAAUAAGGUAACAACGUGGACAAACAGCGAAGAAUCAGAUAAAAAUAAGCCACUGCCAGAAGAAACUGAUUAUUUUUACGAUGACGUUGUCGAUCUAAAUGACAAAACUGAACUCCAAAGAGGUUAUUCAACUGAGAAAACACUGUCGACAAUAUCUCCUGCCAUUUUAUCACACUACGUACCCGGUGAUACACCAACAUUGUAUGCCAGUUCUCGGCCUAAUAGCUCUUCUUCUUAUACUGAUGACCACUCGGUGCAGAGCAAUGCCGGUGGUACUGCGUAUACAUUUUUCGGCGUACCAAUACCACCACUGAGUCUGAACAAUAUAUGGGGCCAAGCAAAAGGCACCGGUAAAAGACUCAAGGACGGCAGACGAAAUUCAUUGCCAAAAAGGACGUCAACAGUAGACCAAGAUAGUCUUACACCAAUAUUACCGGGCACUAGUGGUUUCCGACCAAUGAUGACUACUCCUGAUAAUAAUUUCUUCGGAGAAGACGUGGAGAACGAAGAUGACGUAGAAAAUAUUUACAGAAAUACUAGUGCGUCCAAUAAAAUUAUAGGUUCUGGCAGUCCUCCACGGUAUCAACUUAGCAGCACCACAGAAUCACCAUACCGUUAUGAUCGAUUUUCCAGCAGCGACUUAAGUUUUUCUAAGUUUGUAAACAUCACGACUCGUGAUUCCUUAUUCGAGUCAGCCACUAUAAAUUCGAUCAUUAGACCAACCUUUAAGCCAAGUAUAACCAACAACCAGCAACAAACGUUGGCGUCAGCGACCACCUUACAAAGCGAUGAUUCGGCUAACCAAUCCGAAAUUUCACUUGUUCAACUGUCAACAGUGGGACCCGCGACGACGAGCUCGGCGACCCAACAACAGCGCCAAUUUGCCACCGUCACGCAUCCGGCCACCACAGCAGCGUCGACGACGGCGCCCGGUAAGACCGCAGCGGUCUCCGAAGCGGUCAACGUGUCCACGCCAUCGUCGCUGACCGGUUUCUUGGCACCCGGUGGUCAGCUGCCGGUGCACAAAGACGGAACCGAUGGCCCGGUGUCGGUGCACAAAGAUGGAGCCAGUGGACAGAUUCCGGUGCAGAAAGAUGGAACCAGUGGACAGAUCCCGAUGCAAAAAGAUGGAACCGGUGGCCAGGUGCCGCCGUCACACAAAGACGGUGGUGGCGUAGUGGUCACCGGUAAGCCGUCCAUCGUGAAGGUGACGUUGAGCCCACCCGGCCAACAGGGCCAGCCGCAGCAACAGCAACAGCUAUUACAGCAACCACAACAACAGCCCCAGCACCAGAGACCCCAGGCGGCUUUAGAAGACGCUAAGUACUCGAAGAGUGGCGCCAACAACCAUCAGCAAGCUUACCAACUUCCGCCGCCCACUAGGUCAACGGACUCGUUCCAGUCGACGCCGUUCAAGACGAGUUCGGCGAGCGACUGGUACUAUGCCAACUACAACAAGACAAACGUGGAACCGUUCGUCAGCAAGACGUCGUCCACGGCGUCCCGCGCCGGACGUCCGCCUGCUGUUUCAGCCACGGCAGCGAUUGCUGCUAUUGCCUUGACGGCCGUUUUCGGUUUCGGACGAUCACCCGCUACCCUUGUAAUACCAUACUGUACACUGACCUAUAUUUUAUAUUAUCAUUACUAUCAUAAUUAUUAUUAUUAA